AUGGCGACGCAGGCGGAGGUAGCGCCGGCGGCGGGGGAGGUUUGGGGGAUCCCGGGAGGGUUUUGUGGGGUUUUUUUGGGGUUUUUUGGGGUUUUUUGUGAAGAUCCGGGAGGGUUCUGGGCCGGCGGAGGGGGCGCGGCGCUCAGCGAGGCCGUUGUGGCGCAGGUGGCGGCGAUGGAGGCGCCGCUGGAGGCGGAGCUGGAGGAGGAGCUGGAGCUGGAGGGGGCGGAGCUUGAUGUGCACAUCCAGGAGAACCUGGAGGACGCCUUGGUGCAGGAGGCGCUGCAGACCGGCGUGGACCUGCGGCAGUAUUCCCGGCAGGUGGAGCUGGAGCUGCAGGAGGUGGAGAGGGCCUCGAUCCAGGACUACAUCCGGGAGAGUGAGAACAUCGCGGAGCUGCACAACCAGAUCAGCGCCUGCGACGCCAUCCUCGAGCGCAUGGAGGCGAUGCUGGGCGCGUUCCAGAGCUCGCUGAGCUCGCUGAGCGGGGAGAUCCGGGCGCUGCAGGGCCAGGCCGGGGCCAUGAACCUGCGGCUGCAGAACCGGCGCCGCGUCCGCGAGAGACUCGGGGGGCUGCUGGAGCAGCUGGUGGUGCCCCCCGACAUGAUCAGCGUGAUCCUGGAGGCGCCGGUGACCUCCCCCGAGUUCCUGGAGCAGCUGCGGGCGCUGGACGCGCAGAUCGGGGCGGUGAAGGAGGAAUCGUUCCGUGACACCGUCGCCUGCGCCGACGUCCAGCACGUCCUCGACAAGCUCCGCAUCAAGGCGGUGACGAAGAUCCGGGAGUUUGUGCUGCAGAAGAUUUUCUCCUUCCGGAAGCCGAUGACGAAUUAUCAGAUCCCGCAGAAUUCCCUGCUCAAGUUCAAGUUUUUCUACCAGUUCCUGCUGGGGCAGGAGCGGGCGGCGGCGCAGGAGCUGCGGGAUCACUACGUUGGCACCGUCGGCCGCGUCCACUUCUCCUAUUUCCGCUCCUACAGCGCGCGCCUCAUGAAGGUCCAGUACGAGGAGGUGGCGGAGAAGGAUGACCUGAUGGGCGUCGAGGACACGGCCCGCAAGGGGUUCUUCUCGAAGCCGUCGCUGCGCAGCCGCAACACGGUUUUCACGCUGGGGAACCGCGGCGCCAUCAUCGGCCCCGCGGAGCUCGAGGCGCCGAUCAUCGUCCCCCACGCCGCCGCCAAGGGCGAGCAGAGGUUCCCGUUCGAGUCGCUGUUCCGCUCGCAGCACUUCGCGCUGUUGGACGCCGCGUGCCGCGAGUUCGCCUUCCUCAGCGAAUUCUUCCUGGUCAGCGGCAACGGCGCCCAGGAGCUGUUCAACGCUGUCAUGGGACGGACACUCAGCAUGUUCCAGAAGCACCUGGAGAGUUUCGUGGCCGAUUGUUACGACGCCAUCGCCGUUUUCCUCUGCAUCCACCUGGCGCUGCGCUUCCGCGCCCUCAUGGCCAAGCGGGGCGUGCCCGCCCUCGAUGGGUACUGGGCGUGGCUGCUGGAGCUGCUGUGGCCGCGCUUUGAGCUGAUCCUGGAGCUGCACAUCCGCAGCGUGCAGGGAACCGACCCACAGAGGCUCGGGAUGGACACACGGCCACACUAUAUCACGCGCCGUUACGCCGAAUUCUCCUCAGCCAUCGUCAGCAUCAACCAAACCCUGCCCAGCGAGAGGAGCGACGCGCUGCUGGCGCGGCUGCAGCUGGAGGUGGAGAACCUGGUUCUGCGCGCGGCCGCCGAGUUUCCGUCGCGCCGGGAGCAGCUCGUCUUCCUCAUCAACAACUACGACAUGAUGCUCGGGGUGCUCAUGGAGCGAGCGGUGGAGGAGAGCAAAGAGGUCGAGGGGUUCCAGCAGCUGCUGGCGGCGCGCACACAGGAGUUCGUGGAGGAGCUGCUGGCGCCGCCCUUCGGGGGCCUGGUCGGGUUCGUGCGCGAGGCCGAAGCGCUGCUGGAGCGCGGAGAGGGAGAGAGACUGCGCGGGCAGGAGGCACGGGUGACGCAGCUGAUCCGGGGAUUCUCCGGGAGCUGGAAGGGCGCGGUGGAGGCGCUGAGCCAGGACGUGAUGAGAUCCUUCAGCAACUUCCGCAUCGGCACCGGCAUCAUCCAGGCGGCGCUGACCCAGCUGAUCCAGGUGUACCACCGCUUCCAGAAGGUUCUGGAGCAGCCGCCCCUGCGGGCGCUGCCGGCCCGCGCCGACCUCAUCAACAUCCACCACCUGAUGGUGGAGCUCAAAAAGCACAAACCCAACUUCUAACCGCCCCGAAAUCCCGGGAAUUCGCCCCAAAAUCCUGGGAAUUCGCCCUGAAAUCCCGGGAAUUCACCCCCCAGAAUCCUGGGAAUUCUGCCCAAAAAUCCCGAGAAUUCUGCCCAAAAUCCCAGGAAUUCACCCCGAAAAUCCUGGGAAUUCACCCCCCAGAAUCCUGGGAAUUCACCACAAAAAUCCUGGGAAUGCUGCUCAAAAAUCCUGGGAUUCCUUCCCCGAAAAUCCUGGGAAUUCAUUCCAAAAUCCCGGGAAUUCACCCCGAAAUCCCGGGAAUUCACCCCCAAAAUCCCAGGAAUUCACCCCCCAGAAUCCUGGGAAUUCAUUCCCAAAUCCCGGGAAUUCACCCCAAAAUCCCGGGAAUUCACCACAAAAAUCCUGGGAUUCCUCCCCUGAAAAUCCUGAGAAUUCUGCUCAAAAAUCCUGGGAAUUCUGCCCAAAAAUCCCGGGAAUUCACCC